AUAAUAGGAGUACUUCUCCCCCCUGCCUUUGCUCUUUUCCAGAGCAAGAGUGUCAGCAAUGCUCAACACUCUUCCCCUGUCUCCCACACUCUUAACACUCUUCCCCUCUCAUCCCUCUCCAAUAAUCAGAAAACCCAUCUCUUCGUUUCGAUCUGGUUCUUAGAUUACUAGAAGAAAGCAACCAAAUCAUAAAAACCCAUUGUUAGAUUUCAGGAUAUGAAAGUGAAGGAUUCGGAGAAGCUGGGGUGGGGCCAGGUCCACCGCACCCCCUCGGCCGCGGCCGCCAUUGCUGCCGCCGCCGCGGCGCAGCAGAAUCGGUCCCUGCCCAAGUUCAUGGUCUGGCUCACCCUCUUCGUCUCCGUCACCUACGCCGUCUACACCAUCCACCUCCUCUCCUACUCCUCCUCCGCCGCCUCCCGCCACCGCUGCUCCUCCGCCGACGACGGUGAUCCCCUCUCCGCCUUCCGCCGCCAUACCCGCCUCUCCUUACCCCAAUCUCAUAAUUUCCCGUCGGACACGGCCCGACCCGAAUUCGAGAAACCGGGGCGAACCCGGUCCGAAUUGCAGAGGACGGAGCUGAGGCACAUCGUGUUUGGCAUUGCGGCGUCGGCCAAGCUGUGGGAGCAGAGGAAGAACUACAUAAAGCUGUGGUGGGAGCCGAACCGGACCCGCGGCGUCGCCUGGCUGGACAAGCCGGUCGAAACCCGGCGGGGCGAACCCCUGCCCGUAAUCAAAACCUCCUCGAACACCUCCCGGUUCGCGUACACGAACCGGCAGGGGCACCGGUCAGCGAUCCGGAUCUCCCGGAUCGUCUCGGAGACGUUCCGGCUGGGUCUGGACAGAGACCGGGAGGGGGAGGAGAUCCGGUGGUUCGUGAUGGGGGACGACGACACCGUCUUCGUGACGGAGAAUCUCGUGAGGGUCUUGAGGAAGUACGACUGGAAGGGGUACUGGUACGUCGGAAGCCUGUCGGAGAGCCACCUGCAGAACAUUUAUUUCUCGUACAGCAUGGCGUUCGGAGGCGGCGGGUUCGCGAUCAGCUACCCGCUGGCGAAGGCGAUCGAGGGGAUGCAGGACAAGUGCGUGCAGAGGUAUCCGGGGCUGUUCGCCUCCGACGACCGGAUGCAGGCUUGCAUGGCGGAGCUCGGCGUUCCGCUCACUAAAGAAGUCGGCUUCCACCAGUAUGACGUUUAUGGGAACCUAUUUGGGCUGCUUGCAGCUCACCCGGUGGCACCGUUGGUGUCAAUGCACCACCUGGACGUGGUCGAGCCUAUUUUCCCUAACGUGACACGGUUAGAAGCCCUACAACGACUCAAAAUUCCGAUGGAGCUCGACUCAGCCGGUCUCAUGCAACAAUCAAUUUGCUACGAUAGUGCAAAGAAGUGGACCGUCUCCGUGUCGUGGGGCUUUGCAGUCCAAGUGUUCCGCGGCAUCUUAUCCCCUAGGGAAAUAGAGAUGCCCUCAAGGACAUUCUUGAAUUGGUAUAGGAGAGCUGAUUACACGGCGUAUGCUUUCAACACGCGUCCUGUCAGCCGGAAUGUUUGUCAGAAGCCCUUUGUCUUCUAUUUGUCGAAGGCGAGAUUGGAUUCUUUGACGAAUCACACGGUGAGCGAGUACUUAAGACAUCGAGUGCCUCAUCCACCGUGCAGAUGGAAGAUGCCUGAUCCGGAUGAUCUUGCGAGAGUUGAAGUUUUCAAAAAACCGGACCCUAACUUAUGGGAUAGGUCUCCGCGGAGAAACUGUUGCAGAGUCCUCAGCUCAAAGGGAAGAAACAUGGUGGUGGAUGUGGGUGUAUGUAGGGAAGGUGAGAUCAGCGAAGUAUUGUCGUCAUAACCAAUGUAUGGGAGCUUUUUUCAUCUUCACGGUUCAUUUUUAUUUAUUUUGAUUGUUGGCUCCGUUUAUAUAUCUGUUAAUUCAAGCCUUGAAAUCCCCUUCCCGUGUUGUUAUCGGGUUCACAAUCAAUCAUCAAGAAAACAAACGAUUAAUGCACAAAGUUGUUCACUCUUCACACUUGCAAGAUUGCAGUUUUAGUACUUGCUGAAUCUAGUAAUGUGUAAUCACAAUUGAGAUGCGCAUGUCAUUUCUUGGGAUUCAGAAUGUACCCUUUAUCUGUAUUUACUGGGUUGAAGAGUGAUUGCUUGAAUAUAGUUGUUUCCAGUGUUGUCAAAA